AUGCUUCCCCGCACUUUUUACUGCCUCGUCGCGCUCUGCUUUGCGGUUUUUGUGGCUGCUGCUCCGAGUCCUCAGGUUGAGUCUCUGGACCCAGAUGCUGAGGAGUUCAUCGAGGUUGAGCCUGAGCCUGAGGUCGAGAUCCAAGGUGGUCCAGGUCCAGGUCAUGGUCAUGGUCAUCACCACCCUCGCCCCAAACGCUGCAGACGUCUUGCUGUACGAAAGGAAUGGCGCGAUUUGAGCAACCGACACAAGCUGCGCUACAUCAACGCGGUCAAGUGCCUGCAGUCCACCCAAGCGCUUAAUGCGACCAUGGACCCCAAGUUCACUCGGUAUGACGAGUUCGUUUGGAGUCAUGUUCAGGUCGCCGAGCAGAUUCACGGUGUUGGUCAAUUCUUGCCAUGGCACAGACACUUUGGCUGGCUUUAUGAGCAAGCGCUUCGCAAUGUAUGCGGAUACCGUGGGCCGUUCCCCUACUGGGACUGGACCCGGGAUACCACUGGUACUGCUCCUAUCCACGACUCUCCCAUCUUUGACACCAUUUAUGGCCUAGGCGGUGACGGCGUCGAAGGAACCUACACUCCACCCACCGACUCAGACGGCUCUACCUACCCUCCCAUGUGGGAGCUCUACAAAGGCUGCGUUGGCAGCGGGCACUUUGCGGGCACGAUCAUGCACGUUGGCCCGGGCAAGCGCUUCAGCGACCAUUGUUUGGUUAGAGGGUACUUUGCGGAGCCUGAGAUACGCGAUCAGAUGACUGCUGCGAAUAUCGCGUUCCUCCUCGGCCAAACCACUUAUGAUGGCUUGCGGAGUAAUAUGGAUGGUCAGCCGUUCUUCCCGUACUGGAGGCUUCAUGACGGUGGACACGGUGCUGUUGGUGGUGACAUGUCGAGUUUCUACAGUAGUCCCAACGAUCCCAUCUUCUUCCCUCACCAUGCUGGUGUAGACCGAAUCUGGUGGGAAUGGCAAAAAGCGGACUUCUCCAACAGGUUGUACCAGAUUAAUGGUCCUGUUUCGCUCAUCCCUCCUCAUGGAAUGGUUACGCUUGAUUACCAGCUUCCGUUUGCUGAUUUCAUCCCGGACGUCACGCUUCGGGAUGCUAUGGAUAUUCGAAGGGAGCCUUACUGCUAUACUUAUGGCUAG